GUUUUGUAAAGAGAGAUUUGAGCUUUCGAACGAUAGCUUUAGCUUUAGCCUUAGCCUGAAUAGUUCUAGAACUUUUACCCACAAAUCCUAGCGUGCUCAAAAUGGACGAACUGACGGUCGAGGUUCGCGGCUCCAAUGGAGCUUAUUAUAAGGGCUUCGUCAAAGAUGUUCAUGACGACUCGCUCACUAUCUCGUUCGAAAACAAUUGGCAGCCAGAGAAACAGGUCCCGUUCAGUGGCGUGCGCUUGCCUCCUCCUGCUGACGUGAAGAAGGAGAUCGGUGAGGGAGAUGAAGUAGAGAUUUACUCGAGGGCGAACGAGCAGGAACCGUCUGGCUGGUGGCUCGCCAAAGUCCGCAUGAUGAAGGGAGAUUUCUACGUGAUCGAGUACGCGGCCUGUGACGCCACGUACAAUGAGAUUGUCACGUUCGAGCGUCUGCGACCGGUGAAUCCGAACAAAGCCGUGACGAAAAACACCUUCUAUAAGUGCACUAUUCCUGUUCCUGAUGAUCUGAAGGCUGCCUGUGAGAACGAGCUCGCUCAUAAGGACUUUAAGAAGUCUGUAGGAGCGAGCAGGAUUGUUUACCAACCUGAAACCGGCGAGUUGCUCGUUCUGUCUGUAAACGAGGUGACAGUGAAGAGAGUUUCUCUCCUGAGCGACAUGCACUUGAGGAGCAUCCGGACUAAACUCAUGCUCGUGUACAGGAACGAGGAGGCCACAAAGCACUUAGAGUGCACGAAGCAGCUAGCUUCUGCUUUCCAGGAGGAGUUCACAGUGCGAGAGGAUCUGAUGGGUCUCGCCAUCGGCAGCCACGGCACAAAUAUACAGCAGGCGCGGAAAAUUCCAGGUGUGACGGCCAUCGAGCUGGACGAAGAGAGCAGCACAUUCAGGGUUUACGGAGAGACCGUUGAAGCCGUCCAGAAAGCAAGGAGCUGCCUAGAGUUUCUGGAAGAGUCGGUACAAAUUCCCAGAAAUCUUGUUGGCAAGGUGAUUGGUAAAAAUGGCAAAGUCAUUCAGGAGAUUGUGGAUAAAUCCGGCGUAGUGAGAGUGCGGGUCGAAGGAGACAACGACAACAACCUUCCCAGACAAGAGGGAAUGGUGCCAUUCACGUUUGUUGGCAUAAAAGAGAGCAUUGGAAAUGUUCAGGUCCUUCUGGAAUACCACAUUGCUUACCUGAAUGAGGUGGAACAGUUGAGGUUGGAGCGACUGCAGAUUGACGAGCAGCUCCGUCAGAUCGGUUCGGGGUUCCGGCCCGUUCCGGCACGUUCCACUGAGAAAGACAAAGAAAAGAGCGACAGGAGGGACAACAACGUCUCUGCAGUCUCGUUGCACACGGGGCGCUCCUACACAGGCCGGGGACGUGCACGCAGGACUGCCAACCACAACUCCGCUUAUGGAAUGAACUCUGAGCACUCGUACACCUCGGAGACGGAUUCUGAGCGGAGAGACGAGCUGAGUGAAUUCUCUGUAAGAGAAGAUGAGGAUGAGCGCGGCGUCCAGCCCAGAGACAGCAGGAGGAGAGUGGCAGCAGUCAGAGGUCGCGGUAGUUCAGGAGUCAGAGGUCGUGGGGCUGGAAGAGUGCCAGGGAGCACCAUGAGCUCAGUUCUGAAGGAUCCAGACCGGAACCCGUACAGUAUUUUGGACACCUCUGAGUCGGAUCAGACUGCCGAUGCAGAAGCCAGCGAGUGUGAAGCGAGUUCUCGGAGCCGGCGCUCGCGUCGAAGACGCCCUAAAUCUGACGACAGCACAUCACUCAGUGAGAACGGUCUCGACGAGCCUGAACCUAAGCCCCCACGGCAAAACCACAGCCGCCGCCGCCGUGUUCGGCCCCCAGAAGAGAGACAGCCAGUCACUGUGGCUGAUUACAUAUCACGAGCUGAAUCCCACAGCAGGCAGAGAACGCCACGAGACCUGAAGAAGAAUAAAAAGGACUUGGAUCAGGUGGACGUGAUAUCUGAGCACAGGGUGUCCAAACAACUCGCUAACGGUCCCGAUGCUAACACUGAAGAGCAAAAAAAGGCACCACAGAAGGCUUCCAAGGAAACGAUCCCCGCCAAGCCAAGCGUCGUUAACGGACUCUCCCAAACGUCCUGAUCUGCUCCUGUAUUCUUUCUUCAAACAGUCGUAACCUUUACACUUUUAUAAUUGUGCUUGUACGAGCUCGCCAAAGAUAGACACACCGCUACAAACACACAUGGACUUCCAGAUUCUUCUCUCUGCUGCACUUUUCUGUUCCUUCACCGUGGAUCAGGUAUGAAUGGAGAACAAUAAAUACAUAAGGAGCCCUGAAGUGCGAUGCAUUACUAGCUUUUUUUUCUGUUCAUUUAUCUUUAACAUGAAGGCUAAAUACAUAUCUCUGUAAUGUUCUUUAUGAACGUCAUCACUCCAGACCUUCCCACCUUUACGCAUUUUGCAUCGGACCGCUGUGUGAGUUGACCAAUAUUUUAAUCUGCAGUGAUUGACAGUUUUUGUUGAUCUUGUCUAUACUAACCAGCCCCCAGCAGCAUCUCACAUUAGUAAUCUUUUUAAUCGACUCUUAUUUUCCCACUGAUGUGUCAUCAUGGUAAAUGGAGAAUGUUUUCAGUUUGUUAACAUGAAUUUAAAUCUUUCAGUGUGUUCCAAUUAGCUAACAUCUGUUUUUGAGAUUUAUUUGAGAUACCGCAGAUUGUUUCCUGUGGAUAGUCAAAAACAACACGUUUUUUUUUCUUUUUCAAAAGAGAAAAAACAGUGUCAAAUCAAACACUUUAUACAAAUACCUUUAACAGAAUUAGAAGUUGGUUAAAAUUUUUCUUUUCUCCUGCACUGUCAGCACUAGUGCAUUCACACCGAGCAAUCUUUUCCAUCGCCAUAGAAACUGGUGUGUGUGUGUGUGUGUAUAUUUAUAGUGAGUUUUAGUUAUGAAGUGGACACUAGAAAGGUUUACAUACACACUUUUUUAAAUCUAUUGUUGUACAUAACAUCUCUUUUCCUAUAAUAUGAAGAAAGAAAUAAUUCAUGUAAACUUUUCUAGUGUUUAAAACGUGUCUUCCCCCAUGCUGCUGGAGGAUAAAUCUUGUUAAAUACACGGUUUCUAGUUAAGCCUAACAAUUUGUGAAAGGGUGAUAGACCGAUAAUGUGCUGUGCUUUUUACUGCAUUUAUUCAGGGCUGACAGGUACUGCAUUUCUGGAAAGUUCUCGUGAUCUCAGUGUUCCUGUUUUUCCAAAGUAUUCAUGUCUUUUUACGUCCUUUUUUUUGACCGACAAACCUCAGAGAUGUUGUCAUUUUGACAUGAUGGUAAUGGGACAGAAUAAAGUAUAAUGCAUGACCUUUCUGGGCUUCAUUACAGACAAAAUGAAAUUUAAAAAAAAAGUCUGUAAGGUUUGAAGUAAACAAUCAGGUGUCGUGCCUUCAGAGAGUAGUGUCACUGGCUGGCUUAGGCCACAAUAAAACCAGAGAGGAGAAUUAGCUGCUUUCUCUUUCAAAUAUGCAACCAAUUUCGUAUUAGGCAUGUGCUGAUAUAUGAUAUAACAUCCAGUACUGAGAUAACAAACUUAGAAAUAGGAUGCUUACAUAGGGUGGACUGUCUAAUUUAGAACAAAAGCACAGAUCUCAGCUAAGACCCAGGAUUCAGGACAAAUCUUAAAGAAUGUCUCAACUUUGUUCAAUAAAGACAGAACUGAUGCUAAACUUUCUAAUACUGUGACUAGAAAUAGAAAACGAGGCAGUUCCUAUGAAAGGAAACCAUCGUAUCGGCACAUGCCUGUUCCAUACAGUGGUUUAGGAGACGCAGUCAGAAAAGUAAAGGAUGUUUUUGCACUGAAUAGUAAUUUCUGUCCCUUUAGAAAAAUGUUAGCAUAGAAAACUGUCGUAAAAACGCUCCACGUGACCUGAAAAGCCUGACUGACUUCAGCGAAAGGAGCCUCGCUUUGAUUUAUUUAUUAAAAUGUACAGUAUUUAAUCAAGAAAUGCAGAAGGAAUUCUUCUAACACUAAAUCGGCCACCUGAACAUUGCACGCAGGAGAUAAAUUGGACUACUGAGAGAUCAACUUCCAGAUUUUCUGUUCUGUAAACUUUUUUUAAUCAUACUGGUUGUUUAAUGUGCAAUAUGUUUUGUAUGCAGUUAGUUCUUAAAUAAACUUUGAUCUUCCAAAUAA